AUGGUUUCAAAGAUUGACUUUCUCCUUCCAAUUCCAUUGGCCAUUGUCGUCGGUUGGAUCGACGUCGACGGGUGUGUUGACAUCUGUAACUUUAAGGAGAGGAUUCGGAAGCGCAUUCAGGAAGAUAGAUGGUUUCAAAGAUUGACUUUCUCCUUCCAAUUCCAUCUCGGUUAUGCGGUUUGGAAAAAAGACGAAACCUUCUCUGUCGAUCACCACGUGAAGCUGAUUGCGGAACCGGAAAGGACGAGUUUCAAGGAUUUGAUAGAAGAACAACAAUGUCAGGAUUUUGAAGUGGAUCAGUCUCCCUGGGAAAUUCUGGUAUUGGGGAGUGGGGAAAAGACGACUUUGAUCAUCAGAUGGCAUCAUUGCUUGGCAGACGGACCAGGCAUGAUGAACGGGAUAAUCAGACUCAUCUUGGACGAGGGCUCUACCUUUCCAACAAGCAAAAUCCCAGAGAGAAUUGCACCGAAUCUCAAAACUUUCUUCAUUUUCCUCAAAAGCAUUUUCUACCUGCCCACAAUCUUGCCGUGGUUUUCACUCAUCCCAGAAAGAAAUCGUCUCUCCGUGGCUCACCCCACCAAGAGGAAGAGAGUUUGCUGCUCGGAUCCGUUACCCUUGAAUCCAUUGAAGCGUAUCGCUAAGAAUUUUUCCUGCACUAUCAACGACAUCUUCAUAUCUUGUGUGAUCCAGGGAUACAAAGAGACGCUGUUAGGGUCGACAGACACGUUAUCGGUGGGAAUGGCCGUGUCCCUGCAAGGAGAGUCGCCCAUGAUCUGCAAUCGAGCAAUUGUGGUCCGGACCCCGUUACCCGUGAGCCUCGACGGCGACGUUCGCAUCCAUGAGAUCAGCAAGAUGACUAGGUGCCUGAAAUCAUCGCCGGACAUCCUCUGUAACUACGCUCUUGUGCACUUCUUGCCCAACGCGCUGCCUUUGUGGUUGUUGAACUUGUGCCUGAGAGGGAAGGCACCUGGUGGAACAAGCAAUAUGCCCCUUUCAAUGCCCCCUGAUGCCCGGGUCCAAGAUCUGCCGGUUUCUUCCGUAGGUGCGGUCGCGCCCAUGAUUCUGGACAUUGGUAUGUGCAUCUCGUUGGUGAGCGCCGGGGACUCGUAUCAUUUCGCCAUCAUCGCAGACCAAAGCGCCUUCGAGGAAUCGGAAGACGGGAGGGAUUUCCUGGGAGCCAUGGUGAACCACGUCGACACUAUUGCCUCUGCCGCAGGAAUCAACUAACAGAAAAACGAUAUACACUGAUGCGGAAUUUGGCAGUAUCGUUCCCACAAAAAAAAUUGAUCAACGAAUCCCAAUAUUGAAGGGCAAUGCAUCAGAAACAAAACGGUUGAAACCCCUGCAAAGCCACUCGUGAGAACGCCACCAUCCAGACAGUGAAUUCCUUCCAUAUAC